AUCACGACGACAUGCAGUCCGAGUCCUUAUAUGAUGCGGCAAGAAAAUGGUUCUUCCUCAUACCACCCAUAAUGUGUCCGCUUCAGUUUCUCAUCGAUGCCCCGUUCGGAAGAUUUGCUCCAUCCAAUGACAGCAUCUUCGUUGUAGAUGGAAUCAAGUCGUGGAUUGUUAUGGAACUAGUCUCUCCCAUGACCUUCAUUGCUGUACUAUUCCGCGGGCCCUGGGCAACAUCAACGUCUGCGAUGUCCGGCCCGCAGGUCAUCCUCGCUGGCCUAUUCAUUAUCCAUUAUCUUAACCGUGCAAUAAUUUCCCCUCUACGAACACCAUCUCGCUCGAAGGCGCACAUCAGUGUCUCCCUCUCCGGUAUCAUAUUCAACCUUGCAAAUGGUGCUUUGAUGGGUACCUACAUCUCAUCUCCUACUGCAUCUGCAUUUCUGGAGGGGGCCUUCUCUCGUCCAUAUUUCUGGGCUGGAAUAACACUCUGGGCGUGUGGCUUCGCGGGAAACAUUUUGCACGAUGAAGUGCUUCUCAAUAUCCGCCGUAAUUCUAAAGCGAAAGGCAAACGCAACGAGAACAAAGUCGGAAAGGAGCACUAUGCCAUCCCCCAUGGCUACCUCUACCGAUAUAUCUCCUACCCAAAUUACUUCUGCGAAUGGUCAGAAUGGUUUGGCUAUGCAUUAGCCGCUGCACCAUUGCCUGCUCUUAUGCCGCUCACAGAGACAAUGAAAACCAUCCAACCCCCUUGGUUGUUCUUCUGGGCCGAAGUUUUCAUGAUGAUCCCUCGGGCGUACAAGGGCCAUCAAUGGUACCACAAGAAUUUUCCCGAGUACCCCACGGAGAGGAAAGCUGUCGUGCCAUUUAUCUAUUAGGCUGCCGGGUGUGACACAGGGGCUCUGAUAUCUAUACUUCAAGGACAGCUAAUGUUUACGAUUUCUAUAUCACGAUCAGCUUGUUCCAUUUCCAACUUCGAUGAUGUUAAGAAAGUACGAUCUACCAUGAUUAUCCUCGAAAAAUAAUAACUUAUCGAGCGAAUGCUAAUGUUUUGGGUCGCCGCUUGAAAAUGCCUUUUGCGGCAGUUCGACACGUUCACUUGCUUGUACCAAAAAAACCAAAAAACAUACA